CAAGGACAUACCGGUACGUUGGGAUCAAGGUCCGAAGGGCCUUAAAGUUGCUAUUCAAAUAAGCCCGCUAAGCUGUCCUCUGGUAGAGCCAUACUACUGGCCAGUCCCACAACCACAGCAAAAGGGGAAAAGACCAUGACAUCAACAGCGGCCUCCUUAGCUUCUCGCAUUGCAGCGCCACAUGCUUCACCCAUCGUUGCAAGCAGAAGGCUGCUCAGCACAACGAAAGGCCAGAGUGAGAAUGUGUUUCGCAUCGUGCUAACCGGAGGCCCUUGUUCCGGCAAAUCUUCGGCCUUGUCCUACUUACAGAAAUCGCUAGUACCGCAUGGCAUUCCAGUCUACUGUGCUCCCGAAGCGGCCACUCUCUUGAAUUCUGCCGGAGCCAAAUACGAUCCCGAUGGCACUCAUCAUGAGCAACACAAAGCCUACCAGGCUUCGUUAUGUCGCCUGCAACUUGCCUUGGAAAACAAUUUGACCGAUAUUGCAGCAUCCUACCAUCACAAUAAGCAAGCAGUUGUGAUAUUGUGCGAUCGAGGGGUUCUGGACAAUAAAGGUUACAUGUCCUCGGAAUUGUGGCAAGAUGUGUUAGCUAGUUUGGGUAUGGAGGAAGCCUCCAUCUUGGAACACUAUGCUGGUGUCAUCCAUAUGGAUACUGCCGCCAAGGGUGCGCUGGAGUUCUACAAAUCCGGGGACACGGUCGACGACGACGGAAACCCAGUCUCCAGGCAAGAAACUCCCGAGCAAGCAAGGGCAUUGGACGAUCAAAUGUGGAACGUUUGGCAGGGUCAUGCUCACCAUUAUCGAGUGACCAACCGCAAGCCAGACAACAACAACAACAACAAAAAUACGAAUACAUUUGACCUGAAACUGCAAGACACCGUUCGAGCUGUUGAGCAAAUUCUGAAAGAUUCCUCUAGCUAGGUAGUCUACUAGCCAGGCAGUACAAUACAGAGUGUAUAUAGAUGUUGUAACUGGACCCUGCACUUUUGGUAGCUUUCCAAAAAGUACUGUCCCUCCACGUUCAUGGGUCUUGUGACAAGGUCGCCUCCCCUACAAGGGUCGAGUGAGCGUAAAGUAUCUUGCACUGGCUUAUUUGGAUCGUGGUGCAUGCAGCCAUCCACCAUGCAAGCAAGGACG